AUGACUUCACCGCCGUCUCAAGUUAAGGCCCAUUUGCAGUGGGUUAAGGGUGCCGGAACUGAGAUGCUCGGCUCGAUGCUUUCCACACCCCUCAAAGAGUCCGGUGCGGCUACAAAGGAGGCCGCAGUGAACGAGAUGAGAGCCGCAAAGGAAAUCGGGGAUCGGAAGGUCGAGCGUAACAUCGCUGAAGAGGGCCCGAUGAGAUUGAGUGCUGAGGGGAAAUCAGAAGGGUUGUUUGGUAAGGUGGUUGGCUGCGAGGGCAUGAAGGAGCGUGGAGAUGCAAAGAUCAAGGCGGCGGAGACGAAGUCGGUGAAUUGA